UAAUAAACAUACAAUAAAAUAAUAUUAAAAACAUUACUAUAAUAUUAAAUUUAGAAACAACAAUGCAUCAUUCUAUUAUUUACAUAGAAGCCAAAAGACUCAUACAAAACAAAAGAGUAGUAGAGAGAGAGAUAAGAUCACAAUGAGACGUCAACCACCACGUCCACGUCACUCACCACCGCAAUCUUACUCGUCUCCCUCGUCAUCUUCGUCGGAAUUCGAGUUCAACGUCUCGAUCUCGCCUCGGAAGGCUUCUUCUUCGCUUUGCCCCGCCGAUGAGCUCUUCUACAAAGGCCAGCUUCUCCCUCUUCAGCUCUCUCCUCGUCUCUCUCUCGUCCGUACGCUAUGUUCCACUUCUUCUUCGGAGUACACUUCUUCUUCAUCCUCCUCAGCCGCAACCUCCGCAGCACGUGACUCCACUGAAUCUAACUCCUCCACUGAUUCCACCGCUUCUUUCCCUCUCCUCCACCCUCCUCCGCUUGAUUGCUGUGACUCUUCUCGUCCUAGCUCCGUAACUGACGAUGAAGACUUCUUCUUUAAACCUCCAAAGAACAAAUCUUCCGGUGGUGGCUUCUCUCUCGCUAGAUUCUCAUCUGUUUUCAAGAAAGACCCCAAAACCAAUCUCCACCACUCAACCUCCUCCGCCGCCGCCGCAGCUCCGUCUUCGGUUAAACGAAUGAGCUCCACCGCGAAAGAAGUUAUACGCAAAUACAUGAAAAAGGUCAAACCUUUAUACGACAAGUUCUCUCAAAAACAGAGCUCCACCGUUUUAAAAACAGAGUCAUCAUCAACAACAUCUCUCAAAGAUUCCGGCAACAACAUACGUGGAACCACCACCGCCACAACCACCAUUACCACCGCCACUACCGCCGCUCCAACCGGUGUUUCCUCCAGCGGUGGUUUAUCGAUCUCUUUCUCAGGAAACCUAAUGAAGUACACGAAACGAGGACGAUGCGCGGCGAGUUGCCCAUCGUCGAUGAGGUCAUCUCCGAGUCACUCCGGCGUACUGACACGUGGCGGUUUCCCGUUACAUCAAGGAGCCAGCUCUAGCAGCAGCAACAACAAUAGUAUGUCUUCUUCAAUGGAAGAGUUACAAAGUGCUAUACAAGGAGCUAUUGCUCAUUGCAAGAACUCAAUGUUGCAAAAGACCUUGGUUAGUAGUCUCGAGAUCUAGCUAGCUACAUCUUUUGGAUCCAUUUUAUCAUGUCUUUAUUUUUAUUACAUGUCUCAAUUUUCUAGUGAUCGUUUUGAAAGAUUUUAUCUACUCUUUUGUCUUAGCGUGAGGAUCCAGACAUUCGAUUUAAUUAACGAUGUUAUUGGUUGCUUUAUUUUAUACUUUGUUUGAUUAACUAACUCAUAAUAAUACAUUGUAGUAGAUGAAUCAUUUGAUAGAUUCAUCUUGGUUUCAAUUUCUUUUUACAUUCCGAGUUUAAUGAGAAAUGGAUCAACCAACAUUGUUUCUUUGU